AUGGCACUUAGUUAUUUACUAUUAAAUUUAAUAUUAAUUACUGGUUACAACGGCCUUCCGGUAGAAGAUGAUUCCUUGGUUAUCGUUAUCGAUGAAACUGAAAACAGUAUAGACGACGGUGACGUAAUUGAUCUCACUGGGUUAGAACCAAAUGCUUUUGGAUACCCUAAGAACGAAAGUGGUGAAGCCGUCGCGAAUUGGACGGAGUCAUCUCUAAUGAAUCCUGAAGAAAUGGGAAAGUAUGCGGAGGGGGACAUAUUGAUUCCCCAAUAUACAAGAAAUGGUGUUCGCGAUCGGGCGUUAUUGUGGGAGAAUGGAAUUAUUCCCUAUACUAUUGAAAAACAUUUCAACCAGGAGCAACGUGAUACAAUAAUGAGAGCUAUCGCGGACUAUCACAGACUGACAUGUCUCCGCUUCGUCCCUUACAAAGGUCAAAGUGAUUACAUCGCAAUCAAGAGUGCGAACACUGGCUGCUGGUCUAGUGUUGGACGACUUGGUGGUCGUCAAGAGGUGAAUUUGCAGGCACCAGGCUGUUUGUCAAAAAAAGGGACGGUUUUACAUGAACUGUUACAUGCUGUGGGAUUCUUUCACGAGCAGAGUCGACCGGAAAGAGAUAAUUUUGUGAAAAUUAAUUAUAAUAACAUAAAAACUGGUGCCGAAAAUAAUUUUAAAAAAGCCGAUCCGAAACGUUCAAGUGACUACGGUAUAUCCUAUGAUUACAACAGUGUAAUGCACUAUUCUGAAUAUGCUUUUUCAAAAAAUUCCCAAAAAACAAUUGAACCUAAGAUCAGUGGAGUAACGCUCGGCCAAAGAGAAGGCUUGAGCAGAGGAGACGUUAAAAAAAUAAACAACAUGUACAAUUGUAAAAAGGAGGAACCACAAACUGGAUGGGUGGGAUCGAUAUGGCAAAGUUUAUUCGGGGAUAAAUCGAAAACAUUACCUUGAGGAAAUUAUUAUAUUCGUUGCUUCGCUUACAGUGUUAAAUUAUGCAUUUAUAAUUAUUGACAUAUGUAUAUAUGCC